AUGCCCAUUGAGCUCAAGGACGACACAGAUAACAUGGCCGAUGAGAAAGAAGAGGCUCAGCCUCAGGAGGAAGCCCAAGAAGUGCAGGAGUCAGAUGAUGUUCCCAAAGAGAAGGGCUCCGACGGCAAAUGGUACACCAAGCCCGAAGGCUUUGGCAACGCAGCAGGCGAUAAGAUCCAAGCAGGUCUGGCGCCUGUCGGCAAGUACGCCGGCAAAGGCCUCGAGACCGUAUCGGCGCCUGUUGGCUCCCUCAUCGACCCUCUCGUCGGUGGUGUCAUGAGAACUGGUGAGGCCUUCGGCGAACAGGCGAAUGUAGGAUUCGGCAACAAGGAAGGCGGUCCUGCGAAGCAGGCGGAAGCAAGAGAGAAGGAGGCUAAAGAACCAUUUGGUGGCAAGGAGCAGAACGCAGACAAUCCACUCGGUCUGUAG